UAUAUCACAUACAGGCUACAGCGUCCUUUACUCGUAGGCUUAUCAUGUCCGAUCAAGCUCAUUCACUGAAUCGCUCAAUGAAAUUGAAGAUCAACAAUGCUUCCGAUCUCAGCUCCAUUUCGGCCCUUUCUUCUCCUCAAGCAAGGAGGUCCAAUACUGUAACACAAUCACAUGGACCCCAAACAUCACAGCUACGAUCGCAACCGUCACAGCAAUCAUUUUCUCGAGGGCUUUCCUCCCACUCUCAACACGGCGUGCUUUCUCAGAUCUCUCAGAGCUCACUCGACGAUGUUCUGACAAACGAUCAGUUGUCUUCACAUAGAUUCAGUUCUCAAGAACGGGAAAACCCUGUAAAGAAAGUUUGCUUGCCACCAACCAGUCAUACUCGUGAAGAGAGUCAGAUGCCAAUAUCUUCAACCAGCUUACCGCGUAAAUGGACUUCUUCUUCUCUUUCUGACCAUAGAUUGCAGAUUAGUGAAGAGCUUGAACACCGGAUUGGAAUGAUGGAAACUUCACUAAAUCGGUUUGGAAUGAUACUGGAUUCUGUUCAAACCGACGUUAUGCAAGCUAACAAAGGGACAAAGGAAGUUUUACUAGAGACUGAAGGAAUUCGGCAGAAAUUGGUGGUUCAGGAUAACUUGCUGCAGUUAAUGAUCAAGGGACAAGAAGAUAUCAAAGCUAGCCUAGACCUGGGCUUCAAAUCUACGUCCGAUCAAGUCAACAAGCAUACAUAUCAAGACAAGUUUCAAGAGAUUUUCUCGGUGCUUUCAACCUUACCACAGAAGAUAGAAGCUUCUAUACAAAAAUCACAAAAUGAGUUUCGUAAUUCUUUCGCCAAGGAAAUGCAGGCAACGACUAGCAGCGUGGUGUUACCUGACCGGAAAGACCAAGUGGCGCCGAUUCCUCCACCAAAUAAGGUUACUACCAGAAGUGCCGCUCGACGAGAAAUGUUACAGCAGAUUAUGAAGCUUCAAGAGAUUAAAAAUAAUUAUACUGAUUUUGGCUCAGCUGCGUCUCCUAAGGUUUCUGCACAAACAAUUGUAGCAGUUCCCAAGAUAGAAACAGGGGGAUGGAAAUCAGUAAAAUCCGAAAAAGUCACCUUCACAAAUACCACAGCCAACAAGGUGCACAAACAAAUAGGAGCUUCUUCCAUUCAUAAGGAAAGACAAUGCAGAAUUAUCAUUGAAUCAGAUGAGGAGAUUGAUAGAGGUUUUUCCUGCUUGUUUAAAGAGAAUGAAUCAGAUUUAGGGAGCUGUUUGAUUGACGAAGUGAAGGAAGAAACAAAAAGAAUUCUAAGGAAAGCAAGGAGGCGAAAGAGACAAUGCUGUAAUACAAUACUUAUAAAUUGAAGGUAUGAGUCGGGUCAUCAAGUGAGCUGGACUCUUCACAUCCAGUGCAAAUGAAAAGCGGAUCCUUUUGGUACGUUUCAUUGCCAUACACAAGUGAUAUAGCUCUUCCAUUUUAUUACUUUUUUUUCGUGAUUUAAACGAAUAGAGAAAGAAAUUGAGAUAAUUCUGUCAUGUAACACUGCUCAUUAUUGGUACAAGCAAAGAUGUGACCGAAGGUGGCCACCUUAAAUAAUAUGCAUGUUGAUAUGUUUUAA